GUAGAGUCUCGCGCUCAUUCGACCCCUCCCCCACUCAGCUUCAACUGUAUCACAACCUCCCCCGACGCCCUCCUUGUCGAACUCCCCAACACGAACACGCAUGCGAUAACCAAGACUGCAAGCGCAGAUUCCGACGCCAUACACAUCCCUUGCCUUAUACCAGCGUUUUGA